CCAGAAUAACUCUCUUUCCUUUGCUCCCGACUGCGUCUACUAAGCCUAACUCUGAUACGAAGCAUGACCAUGGCUUCUCGUUCACUUUUUUGCCCUCUUAAUUUCCCUCCCACAUUAAUCCCUACUCCUGCAAGACAAGCAACACGCGUUUGUUUCCCUUGCACUAGUUAUAUUCCACAUAACCACCACUCCAAGAAAGAGUUUCCAAUCCCAUUAGUGGCUUCAGUCCCAUACCAACCUCUCAAUGUAGAUUAUCUGGAAGGAGAAUUCAGUGGCCAUGGAGUCACUUUUGAAGGUGUUGGUGAAAGCUGCGUUGCCAAGAUGGAGCUGCAAAAUGGAAGCACUGCAACUCUCAUGCUUCCAAGCGGAUUGAUAACCUCCUACAAGUCCCCGAUGUGGCAUGGGGAAAAGAUGGAGUUGCUGCACACAGCAGUUUCAGAGGGAGAGGAUGGUGAAGCCAUCAUUCAAGGAGGGUUGUCCCUGAACUUAAAUUUUCAAACUGAUGAUGGCGAAGUUUCGUGGUCUCCAACAAAUUGGGUGCUCCAUGAUAUUAGAGGCAAUCCUGAGGAAUCAAUCCAAGUAGAAUUGAAAAGCAGAACAUCGGAAGAUGUGGUUGAAUUAAAAUACGUGGUGAAUUUGCGAGAAGACACUUUAGGGUCAGAGCUGGAAGUUACAAACUUGAGGUCCGUGCCUAUUCAGAUGACAGGAUCCAUCCUGAGCCAUCUGACAGUGAGCACACCAGAUGCAACUUAUGCAAUGGGAUUAGAAAGAUCAAACUACAGCAGUAAACCACCAUUUGCGUCAGAAUUUUUUUUAAGCCCUCCAGAUUUUAGCCAAGAAGGUUUGGGCAAAAUAUGGAAUUUCUUGGCUCAGAAACAACUCUUUCCACGCUGGGGCGCAAAAAAUCAAAACUCCAACGAAGCAGAAAGCAGCCAAUUAGAAGAUGAUGGAGAUGCCAACGAUGAAGAAAUGGACAACUACAAACAUUUAGGAGAGCAAAUAAGCCUAGUAUACACAAAUGCACCUCGAAGUUUUACUGUGAUUGACAGGGGAAGGAGAAAUUCAGUUCUAGUGGGAAGGAAUGGAUUUGAUGAAAUGUACCUAUUCAGUCCGGGCUCGAGGGUUGAAAUUUACAGCAAGUAUGCAUACAUAUGUGUUGGCCAAGCAGCUGCACUGAAACCAAUAUUACUGAAACCUGAAGGUGUGUGGAUAGGUGGCCAGCGUCUACACAAUCCAAAUCAAUGAAAUAUGAUAAGGUUUUCUUCGCUAUUCUACAAAAACAAGUUAAUUUUUUUUCCCCCCUUGUUAUGGAUUUUUCUUCCCUUUCUGGUUGGGAGGACGGAAAAAAUAUAUUGUUUCCGAUUACAGAGAUUGCGUAGGUUGAAGUGAACGAUACUAUUUCCUGUUAUGCCAAACGACCUGGCCGUUAAUACAAGGCAGUGCAAUGGUGGAAGCCCAGAAUUAGGAUUAGAAAUAUAUGUAAUAUUUGCUGAAAAACGACCUACAUGCAAGAACAUUCGAUAAUCCUACCUCCAGUCCUCAAUAUAAAGAUCUCUUUUGAUUUU